AAUACAAAAUCCACCGCAAUGGCGACCAAAAAACUGGGAAUGGACUUCGUAAAAAAUAUGUCGGAAUACGCCAGUGGAUCCAACGGGUUUGAUCGGGUCUUGAGAAUGAUUAAAAUAACCGGCGGUGGUGAUGGACGCGCCGUGGGAGAGUUCACUGUGCAAGAGGAGCAUUUGAACCGGCAGGGAACUCUUCACGGAGGUCUGACUGCCACAAUUGUGGAUAAUUGCACAACAUACGCGCUAAUGUCGAAAGGAUCUCAUCCCGGCGUGACGGCAAAUUUAAAUGUUAGCUAUAUUGCCGCUGCUUAUCCUGGUGAAGUUAUUGAAGUGGAUUGUAACACUGUACGGGCCGGUAAGAAGAUGGCCUAUUUGGAUUGCCUUCUGAGGCGCAAAUCGGAUGGCAAGAUCAUUGCCAAGGGAGGACAAGUCAAGUAUAUUCAAUUCGACAAGGAAAAGCUGGAUUUUUAAAUAAAAUGUGGGGAUCAUUUGUGGAAAAUUUAAAAUCGGUUUUUAAAUAAAAUUAAUUAUGCCCACCUUUCGAUAAAAACGGAAUUUUAGUUUGUUAUAUAUUGUAAAUUGGAUUUCUGAAGGUGAUUCAGAGCGUAGUUUAGUAGGCUCUGAUAUCUGUAAUAAUUGUUUACUUUUCGUUUGCUAAUCGUAAGUUGCUUACAUACUUUGAAAAGCACAGUGCUGCACUCAAAGAUAAAUAAAUCAAAUAAAACACUUAAAUAAAGCAAUCUAUUGGUUUAUGUACAA